AUGCAAUCUGAAAAUUCACGUGGUGGGUAUUGUGACGGUGAGUCACCGUCGUCCCCAGAUGCGUUGCAGCCAGUGGACGAGGCUCCAUUCACCUUCACACCUGCCGUGUUUACCGGCCCGAUAUUGUUGCUGCUUUCAGGUGAUGAAGACAGCACUGCGGCCGACGAGUCGCGCAAGCACGAGAACACUGCGCCGACCCAAAGGCAAAUUCCCAUUGGCCAUGCCGUGCUAGAGGAUGCCCUUGGCAUGCAGAGAGGCGUACGCGGCUCUACCAUCUGGGAGGAGUUCAAGGCGUAUCUAAAGGGUCUGGAGGAGAAGGCUCGCCAGAGACAGAAGACAGCGCAAGAGAAAGGACAACAAGAGACAGGGCGGGAGAGGGAAGGGCCCGAGGGGGGGCGGAGGAGGCAGGAAGAGGAGGAGGGUGCGAGACAGCGAAAGGCGGAGGUGGUGAACACCCUUGGCGCAUGA